AAGCCGCCUGCUCGUGAGGCUGCAGGCAGGAAGGAAGUCACCACGGGGAUUUUUUGACUCGCUCCUUCGCUCACAGCCUCCGAGCAGCCGCCUACGCAGCCCAGGAACCCCAACCCAGCGGCACAGCCCUGCCCGGGACCUGGUCCCCAGGGCUAGAGCACACGGGCCCCGGCAAGGCCGCUGGCACGGCAGCAGCGCCCGCCAUGGCCCCGCUGGGCGAGGACACGCCGCUGAUCGGGGAGCGCUCCUGCAGCCUCUCCUCCACCGAGACCGGCACCCUCCAGGUGCACCUGUACCACUGGGUGCCCACCCCCUGCAGCCCCCCUGGCACCGCUGCCGGCGUCCUCACCUUCACCUUCGGCGAGUACACAGCCGAGGAGCUGUGCGUCCGUGCUGCCAAAGCCUGCGGCGUGCUGCCCGUCUGCCACCCGCUCUUCGCCCUGGCCACCGAGGAUCUCAGCUGCUGGUUCCCCCCCAACCACCUCUUCACCGUCGAUGACUCCUGCAGCCAGGUCGUGGUGUACAGGAUCAGGUUCUUCUUCCCCAACUGGUGUGGACUGGGACGGUCCCACCGCUUUCAGCUGCUGAAUGACCGGGCCAGCCCCGUCCUGGACUACCCUGUCAUCGACUACCUUUUUGCCCAGUCCCGCAGUGAUUUCAUCGGGGGCCGCGUGACGGUGGCGCUGAGCCUGCCCAUGCAGGAGGAGUGCCUGAGCCUGGCCGUGCUGGAUAUGCUGCGCAUCGCCAAGGAGAAGCGGCAGAGCCCCGACGAGGUCUUCAGCCAUGUCAGCUAUAAGUCCUGCAUCCCUGAGCCAUUGCGGUGCCAGAUCCAGCAGCACAACUUCCUCACCCGCAAGCGCAUCCGCCGCCGCUUCAGCAAAUCCCUGCGCAGGAUCGGGGGCUGCCAGACAGACGGAUGCUACCUGAAGCUCAAGUACCUGCUGGACCUGGAGCGGCUGCAGCGGCGCUGGGCGGAGGAGAGUUUCCGCGUGCGCUCACCCGGCUCCACCACGGACAUCGUCAUCCAUGUGGCCGGCGAGAACGGCGUCUCCUGGAGCUGCGGUGACUCCGAGGUGCAGGUGGGUGGCUGCGCCGGGGGUUCCCGAGGUGGGGGACGUGGAGGCCAGCCCCAGUCGUGUCCCCAGCAGAGCCGCCAGCACUUCUGCGACUUCCCCGACAUCGCCGAUAUCAGCAUCAAGCAAGCGAGCCGGGAGGGCAGCCCCGUGGAGAACCGCAUCGUCACCCUCACCAAGACGGACAACCGGGUGCUGGAGGUGGAGUUCCCCACGCUGCAGGAAGCCCGCUCCUUCGUGGCUCUCAUCGACGGCUACUACCGCCUGACGGCAGACGCCCACCACUACUUCUGCAAGGAGGUGGCUCCCCCCCGGCUCCUGGAGGAUGUGGAGAACCAGUGCCACGGGCCCAUCAGCUCCGAGUUUGCAGUGAAUAAGCUGAAGGCGGCAGGGAGCCGCCCCGGGCUGUACCUGCUGCGCCGCAGCCCGCAGGACUUCGACAGCUACCUGCUGACAGUCUGCGUCGAGACCCGCUCCGGCCAGGACUACAAGCGCUGCCUGAUCCGCAGGGAUGAGGAUGGGAGCUUCUGUCUCAAGGGGGUGGCGCGGCGGUUCUGCAGCCUGCGGGAGCUGCUGAGCACCUACGGGCGCUGCGGGCUGCAGGCCGAGGGUACCCGCAUGCGCCUGGCUGCCUGCUGCCCGCCCCAGCCCAAAGAGAAGUCCAACCUGCUGAUCGUGCGGAGCGGCUGCCCCCAGCCCCCCGGCUCCCCCGCCGCCCCCCGCCACAGCCUCAACCAGAUGAUGUUCCACAAGAUUGACCCCCAGAGCCUCACGCAAGGCGAGAGCCUGGGCCAGGGCUCCUUCACCCAAAUCUACAAGGGCAUCAAGCGGGACCAGGAGGAGGACGGGUACUACCAGACCGAGGUGGUGCUCAAGGUCAUGGACGGCAGCCACCGCAACUGCUCCGAGUCCUUCCUGGAGGCAGCCAGCAUCAUGAGCCAGCUCUCCCACAAGCACCUGGUCCUGCUGCAUGGCGUCAGCCUCGGGAAGGACAGUAUCAUGGUGCAGGAGUACGUCAGGUACGGGCCCCUGGACCUCUACCUACGGAAGAACCAAGGCGAGGGCAAGGUGACGACGAGCUGGAAGCUGCAGGUGGCCAAGCAGCUGGCAUAUGCCCUCAAUUACCUGGAGGACAAGAAAAUCACCCACGGCAACGUCUCCGCUAAGAAGGUGCUGCUGACCCGGGAGGGGGACGUGGCCAGCGGCAGCCCCCCCUUCAUCAAGCUCAGCGACCCCGGGGUCAGCGUCACCGUCCUGGCUAAGGAGAUGCUGGUGGAGCGCAUCCCCUGGGUGGCCCCUGAGUGCCUCAGCAACCCCAAGAGCCUGGCGCUGCCGGCCGACAAGUGGAGCUUUGGGGCUACCCUCUGGGAGAUCUUCAGUGGUGGCAACAUGCCCGUGAGCCUGCUGGAGCCCCAGAAGAAGCUGAAUUUCUAUGAGAACAGCCUCCAGCUCCCCGCGCCAAAGUGGACGGAGCUGGCCACGCUCAUUGCACAGUGCAUGGACUACCAGCCCUGCCGCCGGCCCUGCUUCCGCGCCCUCAUCCGGGACCUCAACAGCCUCAUCACCUCUGAUUAUGAGCUGCUCUCGGACCUGUCACCCACUGACACGAUGCUCCGGGACAGCUUCUGGGGGUACGAGCCCCUCACCAUGUGCCAGGACCCCACAUACUUCGAGGAGCGGCACCUCAAGUACAUCUCGCUACUGGGCAAGGGCAACUUUGGGAGCGUGGAGCUGUGCCGCUACGACCCGCUGGGCGACAGCACGGGCGAGCUGGUGGCGGUGAAGAAGCUGCAGCAGGAUUCGGCCAAGGAGCUGCGGGAUUUCGAGAGGGAAAUCCAGAUCCUGCACUCGCUGCAGCACGACUUCAUCGUCCAGUACCGGGGCGUGUGCUACAGCCGGGGGCGGCGUGGGCUGCGGCUGGUGAUGGAGUACCUGCCCAACGGCUGCCUGCGGGACUACCUGCAGAAGAACCAGCCCCGCCUGGACCACAGGACCUUGCUCCUCUACGCCUGGCAGAUCUGCAAGGGCAUGGAGUACCUGGGGGCGCAGCGCUGCGUGCACCGGGACCUGGCCAGCAGGAACAUCUUGGUGGAAAGCGAGACCCAUGUCAAGAUCGGGGAUUUCGGGCUGGCCAAGCUGCUGCCACAGGACAAGGACUAUUACGUGGUGCGGGAACCCGGCCAGAGCCCCGUCUUCUGGUACGCGCCUGAGUCCCUGGCAGACAACAUCUUCUCCCGGGCAUCCGACAUUUGGAGCUUUGGGGUCCUCCUCUACGAGCUCUUCACCUACAGCAACAAAAGCAAGAGCCCCUCAGAGGAGUUCCUCCGCAUGAUGGGCACCAAGAAGAUGGCACAGAUCAUCUGCCACUUGCUGGAGCUCCUGAAGGACAACCGGCGUCUCCCAGCCCCAGCUGGCUGCCCCGUGGAGGUCUACACGCUGAUGCUGAGCUGCUGGGCCUUCACCCCCAGCGCCAGACCCACCUUUGGGGAGCUGGCCCCCAAGGUGGAGGCACUGCGGGAUGGCCGGAGCAAAGCCCGUGGGUAGCCCACCCCAGCCAAGACCCCGGCCACCCACCUCCCUCCCCAACACCAGGCAACGACAGACAGACAGACACACGGCCACAGCGAUGCUUUAACGCGCUUUAACAGCUGCGGGGCCAGCGGAGGGGCAGCAAUGUGGGGGGGGACGCAGCUGUCAUCACCCCCACCAUGCAGGGCAGCCCUGCUUCCCCCUUCCCCAUGGUGGGCAGGGCCCCUGCGCAACGGCGCUUGCCUUUUACCCCCACUUCCGCCUGUUUCUGUCCCCACCAUGGCAGGAUGUGGCAUAUUUCUAGUAAAGUUCGGUAAAUUUG